AUGUCAUUCUGGCCGUUUUCAAACCCAUUGCAUGAUAACAAUCAACUACAUAAAUUUUUGGAUUCUAUUCAGGAUUUUUCACAGGUGACUGCUGAUGAUUUAGUAGGUGAUCCGGCAUUACUGCAAGAAUUAAUUAGUGAACUUCAUAAUAUAAAGGGAAACUAUAAUAAUAAUAACACCGGCUUUCAAUUUCUGCAACAGCAGGGACAUGAGAACAACCAAACCAAUAACUCUUCCAACUCGGAUACGUUUUCGUUGGCAUCUUCCACCAAUGAAAAUAAUAACACUUAUAGUAAAGACGCUCGGGGCCCAAGAUUAUUAGAAUUAUUGUUACAGCCGCAAGUGAUGAAUGGUUUCCUAGAUUACAUUAUCAAUAGUGUAGACUUUUUUCAUGAAUUAGGUUUAAAAGAAAGAGAAGAAUUGGAGAAGAUAUUAAAGGAACAAGAAAAAGGUGAUUAUACUGAUGAUGAUGAUGAUGAUCAAAAUAUCGCUAAGCGGGAUGGCGAAGCUAAUCCAAAGAUUGAUGGAGAGAAUGAAGUUGAAAUCGAACAGGCGGAAGAUACGAACACAAGAAGGAGUAGUGAGGACAAAGAGGGUGAAGAAGAAGAAAGCAAGGAGGAAAAAUUACGUAGGUGCAUUCAAGCAUCGUCAGAUAUUUUAUCAAUUGACUUGUGGGUAAUCCUGAAUCACAUUAUUGAGACCCCAGCAAUUAUUAAUAAGUUAUGGCUGGUUCUUAAACUUCCAAACUUGGAAGAAAAUUCUUUGUCUGUUUCAUACCUAGUCCAUAUCUUGGAUCAAUUGAUGGACAAGAAUAGCAUCUCUUUAUUGAAUUUCAUAAGACGUCAAACCGACUUAGUUGAUACAUUUUUGAAUAAAAUCGAAAUCCCGAUGUUAAUGGACUUUCUAUUAAGAGUUAUUCAAACGGAUAAAGCAUCUUCGCCUACAGGAAUCGUUGAAGUUUUAUCACAGCAACAAUUAAUUCCAAAAUUAAUAGAAAUAUUGAAACCUCAUCCGUCUCAGUUUGCAACAAAGCCUUCAACGAUUCCAAAUCACGAAUUGUUUUUUAAACAAACGGCAGCAUCUGAUUUCAUAAAGGCCUUAGUAACCAUUUCUUCUAAUACUGCAUUGGCAGUAGUUUUGGAAAAUAAUAUCGGUCCUAACCAGCUUACGAGAGAAUUGGUUUCUCCUGAUAUAAUCAAAACAAUAAUAAAUGAUAUCAUGUUGUUCAAUGUUACAUCUGAAUCUGGUACUAUACAAUCAAAUAAACAUGGUAUUAAUAAUUGUGUGGGCAUCAUUAUUGAACUUAUUAGGAAGAACAAUUCAGACUAUGAUUUGAACUGUGGAACAUACAGCUCGAUGCUUCAAAACUGUGGUGAUGAGAACGCUGGCGGCGAAGUUAAUUCAUAUGUUAUGUUUCACUGGUUGAAGGACUUUGAACAAAAUCCUCCCGGCCCACGGGACCCUAUUUAUUUGGGGGAGAUGCUUUCGAUAUUUUCUGAUCAUUUAAACAAGUUUGCAGAAUUGAUGAAAAGACCACCUGACGCACCAUUACACGUUAAGGAUUCAAAUGUGUUAGGUUUUACUAAAUUCAAAAUUUCUGAAUUGAUUGCAGAGUUGUUACAUUGUUCGAAUAUGAUAUUGUUAAAUUCAAGAAAGAUAAGAAAGAUAGUUAAAAUCCGUGAUAAGUUAAGACUUCAACAAAAUGAUCGUUUAAAGAAGGCCUUAUCCGAAACAUUUGUAAAUAUCAAUAAUACUACAGAUAAAAAGCACCAUUCAAUAAAUGAGGUUACAAAUGGUUUAGAUGAUGUUUCCUUAGACGAUAUUAAUUUUAUAGAUAGUGAUAAGAAAGACGAAUCUAGGAUCGAUAUUCCGGAUGAUUCAAGGCAUCUUUUUGUGCACGACGAUGAUGAUUAUUUAAAUUUAAUUGAGUCAUUAGAAACGGAAGAUGAUUCAGAUGAUGAUGAGCCUAAAAUCUCCCCUGAAAACCCGUUUGUAUGCUCUGAUAGAGACAAAAGUAUACGAAUGAAUCCUUGUAUUGGAGAUGAAUUUAAGAUUAAAUUGGGUGAUCUGGAAAUUUUGUUUGAUAUAGUUUCAAAGUUUACAGAUUAUCCUUGGCAUAAUUUUUUUCACAAUGUUGUGUUUGAUUUAAUUCAACAGAUUUUUAAUGGAAAACUUAACUCAUAUAAUUCCUUUCUAAUUGUGGAUUUGUUUAAACCAAAAAGAUGUGAUAUAACAAGUUUAAUUGUCAAAUCAUACCGUGAAUCUCAUGAGCCUCGUCCUGGUUAUAUGGGUCACCUAAUUCUUAUUAGUGAAGAAGUAGUCAAAUUCACCUCUCUUUAUAAACCAGAUCUUAUAUCUCCUAUAAUCCUUGAUGCUAUUUUAUCGAAAGAUUGGGAUUGGUUUGUUAAUGAAAUAUUGCUUAAAACCAGGGAAGUUUAUAAUGUCGUACUAGGAUCAGAACAAGAUGAUGAUGAAGAAAGUCAUAGACUGGAUGAUAAAGAUCAAGACUCUUAUGGGUUUGAUUCAUCUACUGUGGGAUAUCUUGAUUUAGACUCAUAUGAUAAGGAACAAGGAAAUUCCAAUAAAAAUUUAAUAAUUUUAGGGGAUAGAUCUAAUCAUGACUUAUUCGUAAAUGAUCAUCAAAAUGCUUCUCGCCGUAUUGAUGAUGAAGAUGAUGAUGACGAGCAUAUGGAGGAAACUCCCGUUCCUGAUGUAAGGCUUGAAGGGUCGCCGCUGGUUGAAGAUUUUAAUCUGGAUUUCUACGAUAAUGAGCAUUUUCAUGAUGAAUACCAAGAGAAUGAAUUUUUAGACGACUUAUCGGGUUCAAGUUCCUCGGAUGAUGAUGGUGGUGAUAUGGACCACGAAAAUGAAACCCGAGAGGAUGAUGGUAAUGAAUUACGAAGAGUGUCAAGGCAUAACGAGUAA